UUGCCUAAGUUCCUUUGCCCUGAAGUUUUUGGACCCAAUGAGGCUGCCGUAGGGUCGGGUGGCAAGAUGGCGGCCUCCGCUUUUGCCGGUGCUGUGAGAGCAGCCACAGGAAUCUUACGGCCGCUGCACAUUUUGGCAUCUUCAGCCUAUCAAAACUGUGCCAAGAAUGCCUCUCUUAGUUCUGUACUGUCCUCCCGACAUUUCAGUCAUAUUCAGACAUCGGCUUUGUCCUCUGCCCCCAGACUUAUCACAUCUGUCAGAAACCUCAUGUGUGGACCUACUGCACCGGUCCUCAACAGAGUGGCCCCCUUGCUCCCACAUGUCCUGAAGCCACCAGUCAGAACCGUAACAUACUUCAGUUCACGAAAGGGCAAGAGGAAGACUGUGAAAGCUGUCAUCUACAGGUUCCUUCGACUUCAUUCUGGCCUGUGGCUAAGGAGGAAGGCUGGUUAUAAGAAAAAAUUAUGGAAGAAGACGGCUGCACGAAAAAGACGCUUGAGGGAAUUUGUCUUCUGCAAUAAAACCCAGAGUAAGCUCUUAGAUAAAAUGACAACGUCUUUCUGGAAGAGGCGCAACUGGUAUGCUGAUGAUCCUUAUCAGAAGUAUCAAGAUCGAACAAACCUGAAAGCAUAGAUGAUAAGUUUGAUGACUUCCCACCCAGUUACUGAAUCUUCGUGUAUACGUCUUUGCCAAGAUGAUGUAGUAUAAAACGUGAUGUAAACUGUCCCAUCGGAUAUGGAAAUACACAGUACCAACAUUACAACAUUAAAUUUAUCAAAGUUUUAAAAUGGGCUAAACAUUCCCAGAUUUGUUCAGAGAAAAACAAUUUUAAAUUACUGAUUAUUUUUAACAAAUGAUAAAGGCUUACUAGUGGCAAGAACUCUCCAGUCAGGACAGAGGAUAGACAUUAAAAGGUUAUGAAGCUAACAAGUUAGCUCAGGAAGUGUGACAUCAUCUUAAGGUUAUGUGCUGGGAACUCAGGAACCCCUUCACAUCCCCAUGUCCCACCCAGGACUAACCCCCAGGCCUCAGGAACAGAAAGGACAUGGUGAUCCUGGAUCCAAGGCACUUCUGGGGGCCUCGGCAGCAGGAAGUGGUGGAUCUUAGGCUUGGGGUCUGCUAUGCACAUGACUUGGUUCUUUUUAUAGCACUGGCUCCAUCCCCUCUCUCCUCAGCACCUUCCCUCAUUCACAGCUUUUGUUCACUCUUAGUGUCUGCACCCUCAUAAUAUAACGCCCCUUUGACGUUCUUUUCUAUAUCACGACGCUUGUUCCUAUCUCUAGCCUCCAAUUGCCAAGAGACCAAUCGGGCCAGCUUGCCUUUUUAUACCAGGUCUCAUCUGGGGUCACUAACCAGUGUAGGGGGUAUUCCUGGGUCUGGAGCCCAGUGGCCCACUUGUGAGCAGUUUCACUCAGAGAGGAGCCUAGGGUAGCAACACAAAUCUAGUAUACUAGGUUCAUUGUGUCCAUAACAGUUCUGACUUAGUUUAUUGGAACAGAAUUUCUUAUUGAGAGAAGAGUAAAUGAAAUAGCCUUUCAGAAUGCCCACUCAUGACCAAAAAAAGAGGCUGUAUAAGGGGAAAUAAAAGCUUUUUAACCAAGAGUUAAAAGAUACUAUUAUUAUUUUUGCUUUUUAGGGCUGCACCUAUGGAUAUGGAGGUUCCCAGGCUAGGGGUCUAAUCAGAGCUACAGCUGCCAGCCUACGCCACAGCCACAGCCACGCAGGAUCUAUUCUGCAUCUGCAACUUACACCGCAGCUCAUGGCAACUCUGGAUCCUUAACCCACUGAGCGAGGCCAGGGAUCGAAUCUGCAACCUCAUGGUUCCUAGUCAGAUUCGUUUCCACUGCGCCACAACGGGAACUCCAAAAGAAAGGUAUUAUCUUUUUUAGUUAGUUUAUCCAUUUGAGAGUUCAUAUUUUUAUUUAUUUAUUUCUUGCUUUUUAGGGCUGCACCUGUGGCAUAUGGGAGUUCCUAGGCUAGGGGACGAGUUGGAGCUGCAGCUUCCAGCCUACAUGGCAACAUUGGAUUCAUAACCCACUGAACAAGGCCAGGGAUUGACACUGCAUCCUCAAGGAUGCUCCUCAGGUUCGUAACCCACUGAGCCACAACAGGAAGCCUGGAGAAUUCAUAUAUUUAAUUGUGAGGAUGAAUUUUUUCCAAAAUUUUCGAAGACACAUUGUAGAAACUAAGGAAGAGGUAGUCUCGGUCAUUUUUAGACACAAUGUAAGAGUUAAGCAUUGUUCCCUUGAAGAAGGUCAGGUCAGUUGCCCUGAGGAAAAUUCAGUUUUUCAGGAUGUUUAUAAUCUAGGGCAGAAUCGUCUGGGAAGCACUUUGAAACAACCAAGCAUUUUGUCUAGCUGAAAAACCAUUACUAAAUAGGACUGUGCCUCAAUCACUGCUUUACAUCCUGUAAUAUAGUAGUCGGUGAUGAUAAGACGCAUUUCCUCUGUUGUUAAUAGAUAAGGUAAAAGAUAACCAAGUUGAAAUUCUGUGGCAUGUCAGACUAGGAUUAUUGGAGGGAUUCCUUGAACCCAGUGUGUGUUCAUUAAAAGGAAAAGGGGUGACAACCGUGUUCUAAUACUCCAAGGCCAAGUGUGUGUCUAUUUAUGGGACCAGUUAAUAAAGAACAGACAUUUGA